UAUUAUUUUUAUUUAAUAAAUUAAAUUUAAGUACUUAUUUAACUAAUUCUGAAUUAUUUUCAGUACCUAAUGUUGCAAAAAACUUUAGUGUUUUUGUUGAUGCUAUUAUCAUCGCAGGCAAUUGAUAAACAAUGGACGUGGAAAGAAAUCAAGAAUCACGCAGCCUGGAAGAGAUUGGACACAUACGAAUGUGGUUUCAGCGCUUCAGAUCGAAUCAUCGGCGGCAUGAACGCGGCUUUAGGGCAAUUCCCUUGGAUCGUGCGCAUUGGAUACAAAAUUGAUGGCGAAGAAGACUUGGACUGGAUGUGCGGAGGAGCGCUGGUAACCGACCGUCAUGUUCUUACGGCAGCCCAUUGCAUCCAGACUUCGGGAGAAGGUUAUGAAAUAUCUGCAAUUCGUAUGGGUGAGCACAAUACAGAGACAGAUCCAGAUUGUCAACUGCAUGUGUGUGCGCCGCCGUUUCAAGACAGAAAAGUAAAGAUAAAGAAAAUACACCCGAAUUUCAAUAAACCACCUUUUCACAACGACAUUGGCAUCAUUCUUCUUGACAAGCCAGUCGAAUUAAAUGAUUAUGUUUCGCCAAUAUGUUUGCCACGUAGAGAGCAGCUAUCUGAUCUCAAAAUUGGCGAGUUGCUUACAGUUGCUGGUUGGGGUAAAAUGAACAUGACUACAGAGGAACGAGCUAAAAUAUUGCAGUUCGUUUCGGUUCCAAUCGUAAAACCUGAAACUUGUGGGGCGUUUAGCAAAGGAUUUAAAUUGUCAAAAUCAGAAAUAUGUGCGGGUGCGCAACUGAACAAGGACGCGUGUGGAGGUGACUCAGGAGGACCUCUCAUGAAGGUUUUUGAUACUCCAGAGGGACCGAAAAGUCAUUUAAUGGGUGUCGUAUCAUUUGGGCCAACAAUUUGUGGCAUCAGAAAACCUGCAGUCUACGCGUCUGUUGCACAUUUUAUCAAAUGGAUUUUAGAUAAUAUACUUCAUUGUUCGUAUGGUUUGGAGGAGCCAUGUCGCCACAGACACUACAAUGGAACGUGCAAACUUCUAACAGCCUGUCCCUUUGCUGUAGCUGUAUACAAUAUAGGCGAUAUAGGAAUGUUAAGAGAAAUGUUCUGCGGCUAUGAAAAAAAAACACCAAAGAUGUGCUGUCCAACAUCAGACAGGAUAGUAUUCGAAGAAGACAAGACAAUCGACCCGCCUGUUACUCCAAAAAUUGAAAUUACGACACGAUCGGCUCCUGAAGCUGAAUAUAAGAUUGACGCCAAAAAAGAGAUUAUUAAAGUAACACAAAGUCCGGUUUAUCCUGACAGGACUGUAUGUGGUAAACAUGAGUUUGAUUUUGAAGACAGAAUUGUGGGCGGCGAUUUUACCAAGAUUGGAGAAUUUCCUUGGAUCGUACGAAUCAAAAUUAAAAAAGAACCUGAUGAUAAGGAACAAUAUGCAUGUGCAGGAAGUCUAAUAACGGAUCGUCAUGUGUUGACUGCUGCACAUUGUUUACUAAAUAAUGUGGUUUCCGUGCGUUUAGGAGAAUGGGAUCAAACUACAGACAUGGAUUGCUACGAUGGUAUAUGCAGUAACGAUACUAUCGAUGUCGACAUCGAAUCUGUUAUACCUCACCCUAAGUUCAAUAUAAGAAACCGAACCCACGACAUAGGAAUAAUAAAGCUCGCCAAGCCCGUUAACUUUACAGAAACAAUCAGGCCAAUAUGCUUACCAACAACUCCUUACAUUGCAAGGCAAGAUUAUUCGUUUGACGUCGAUUAUGUAGCUGCAGGAUGGGGAUUAACAGAAUAUCAAUCAAAUUCUGCAGUAAAACGCAAGGUAACAUUGAGAGGUGUGAAAUUUAGCGUUUGUCAGAGUGUUUUGUCUUCUUGGCUGCACUCUGAGUCAGAACAACAAAUAAUUUGCGCGGGUGGCGAAAAGGAUAAAGACACUUGUGGUGGAGAUUCCGGUGGUCCUUUGAUGAGGGAAGUCCGAGAGGAUUUCUCUUCUAACUGGUAUCUAUUUGGCAUAACGAGCUCUGGCCUAAGAAAAUGCGGAAAAGAAGGCGUUCCCAGUAUUUAUACCAGAGUUUCAAACUACAUGGAUUGGAUAAGACAGAAUGUUACAUGACAACCUUGAUGUAUAACAUAACGAAAAACAGUAUUUUAUAUUAUAAUGUUAAUUUAUUACUAAA